AUGCUAGUCACUGUGUUAAUGGACCGAGACGAAAACACGAAUCACGACAGGCUCAUCAACAAUCAUAAUGAAUUCGACAGACAGUAUGAAAACCUUACGCCAGACAUGCCAGCCACGGUUGACCGCCGUGCGCCUCAACUCAAUGAGGCCAACGACAGCUCCCACUGCAGCUGUCCCUGCGCUCGCGGUGCUGCCAACGGCGAUGGCAACGAAGCCGGGGGAGAUGUGGGCGCCGCCAUGGACUUGAACCGCACCCUGAACGGCGAAUACGAGGUUGCCGCCAGCGACACUUCGUCCGACUAUGGCGACGAAGCCACGAAACACGACGAAGGCGUCGAAGAGCACCUCAUCGAAGUGGGCGACUUCGGCCUCAUUCCCCUCAAUCAAAUCAUGCGCUCCUUGGCCCAGCACCACCGCUGCACCUGCCACCACGGAAUCGGCAUCGGCAUCCUCCCCCACGAAGAUGACUACCCCUACACCACCUUCAACUCACCCGCCGCAUCUGGCCUCCUCACGCCAGGGGAUUCCGCCUCCAUGAUCGUCGAAGCCAGCAGCGGCAGCAGCAGCGAUCAGAGCAUGGCCUCUUCGCAGGUCUUGAGCAUCUCCUCGCGCGGGUCAUCUCUGCUCGAGGCUAUGGGAGGAGCGUUUGCUCCGGUCCCCAUUUUCCGGCCUCUGUCUUUAACGCCUGAGUUUCCGAUCAUGUAUCGCAUUGACAUCGACAUCUCGGAGGUGGACUUUACCGAGUUUGACAUGUGGUAG